AUGCCCUCCAUCACUUCAACCCCCUUCCAGGAAUACGACUUCACAGUUAGUCGAGAUGAAGGCCUUGGCCAGCUCUUUUACAACAAGGUCCGACUCAACCCCGACGCCAUUGCAGUUGUUGACGGAGAAAUUUCUUUGACAUAUGAACAAUUGCAUUUGCAAGCCUUGCAUAUUGCCCAUACUCUGGUGCAAGAAUCGUUAUCCUUUGAAGAGCCGGUGGGGGUCAUCGUCCAACAUGGAAUCAGCGAUAUCAUUGCGCAGAUUGCCAUUAUCUAUGCCGGCGGUAGCUGUGCCCCUAUGGAUCCUACCCUCCCUGACCAGCAAAUCCAGGGCCGGCUAGAGAGGCUAAACGCUCGGUUUAUUCUGGUUGAUCAACUCAACAAAGGCCGAGACCUCCCCUUUUCCAGAAUUCCGCUCGAGGGUCUUGUCUCUGGGUCCGGGGACAAAUAUCCCGUUCCAACAGACUUAGAACAUCGUACCCAUUUGAUUCAUACUUCGGGAACAACUAGCGAGCCGAAAGCAGUCCAGAUCGCAGCACGAUCAAUCCUACAGGUCGUUUUCCAUGCUCCUUUUGAACCGGUGAGGGAAAAUGAUGUCGUUGCACACGUCAAUAACAGCAGCUUUGACGUUUCGCUUUUUGACAUUUGGGCCCCUUUACUCCGCGGUGCAUCGAUCGCUGUGUUGAGUAAGGUAACUCUCCUGGACCUUCCGGUUAUGGCAGAGCACAUCGAGCGUCUAGGAAUCACUGUCAUGGCCACCACCACUGCGUUGCUGAAUCUCGCUGCAUCCACUUAUCCGAGCGCCUUUUCCAAGUUACGCAUUUGCUUUAUUGGAGGUGAGGCCGCGAACGUUGCAGCUAUCAAAACAAUCUUCGAGGAGGGUCCUCCAGAGAUGUUGAUCAAUGCCUAUGGGCCGACUGAGUGUUGCAUCUUCUGUUUAACUCAUCAGAUUGUCCCCGAGGAUAUCGAAGCCGGCUCCGUCAGCAUAGGCAAGCCGAUUGGCCACACUAUUGCCUAUAUAGCCGAUGAUACCGGUAAAUCUAGUGACGAGGGAGAACUCUGGGUUGGCGGUGCGGGAAUAUCUCCAGGAUAUGUCAACCUACCCGAGAAGAACGCUGCUUUGUUCGUGACAGUCGACGGUCUAGUAACAUCAUCGGGUGAACCAAUGCGGCUAUAUCGAACCGGUGAUAUCGUCCGGCGUCGGGCAGACGGCCAGAUCGACUACGUCGGACGUUCCGAUCACCAGGUCAAGAUUCGAGGAUUCCGAGUUGAGUUGGGGUCAGUUGAGGCCGGAUUGCUGAAAACGGGUUAUUUCUCUGAAGCCGUGGCUAUGAGGAUCGAACCACCACAGGAGGGAGCCGGUUCAAUACUAGUCGCAUAUGCAGUGCCUGUGAAUGUAUCCAAGUUUCCCAAUGUCGACGAGGCGUUGAAAGUACUUCGGGAAAUACUUCCGGAUUAUAUGAUCCCUCAACUGGAGUUGAUCUCCAGUAUGCCUCUCAAUAGCCAUGCCAAAGUGGAUAGGAAGCAGUUAGCGGAGCUGUACUGCACCCGAUGGAAGAAGAGUUCCUCGCUCACACCUAAAGAGAAGCCCAAAGAUGCCCGUUCGGCAUUGGCUAAUCUCUGGUCCAACAUUCUGGCAUCCCCGGUGGAGUCGUAUAGGGACGAAGACGAUUUUUUUCGCCAUGGUGGCACAUCUCUCCAAGCAUCAUUGCUUAUCAGCCAGAUUCGUCGCACCUUUGGCUCUGAAGUAUCCUUGCUGACCCUCUACGAUCAUCCAACAUUGGCUUCGCUCACGUCGAUUAUUCAAGAGCGCCAGAAGGGUGAGUUCGAGACGGUUCGAAACGAGAGUGACCUGUGGGUGGCUGAUACCAAGAUUGCGGACGGCCUGUCUUGCUUAGCUGGGCCAGUGAUCGACUGGACUCGCGACACUGAAGGCCGUGUAUUCAUCACUGGAGCAACUGGGUUUGUAGGAGCAUUUAUGCUGGCAGAUUUGCUGCGCAUGCCCCAUGUCCGUCAGAUUGGAUGUUUGGUGCGUGCAAAGGAUGCAGCAGUCGGCCUGCAGCGUCUAAGAACUGCAAUGGCCAAAUACGGCCUCUGGGACGAACAGUUUGCAUUCAAGUUGCUAGCUCUGCCUGGAGAGCUGGAAGAUGAAUUCUUAGGCCUCGGGCCGGACCGAUUCGAAGAAAUCGCCAACUGGGCCAGUGUAGUCUUCCAUCUUGGAGCUCGUGUCAACUAUACCCAGCCGUAUUCUCUGCAUCGCCCAGCCAACACCUUGGGAACACUGAAUGUCUUGAAACUGGCCUUCAAGGGGCGUACGAAAGCAGUACACUAUGUGUCCAGUAUAUCUUGUUUUGGGCCAACCGGCUUCGUGACCGGUACACAGAGAGUAAGGGAAGAUGAAUCCCUAAUCCCACACCUAGCAGCGCUUCCCUAUGACCAUGGGUAUGCACAAAGCCAAUGGGUCGCAGAGCAGCUUUUACGCCGACUCAUCGACCGUGGAUUCCCCGUCGCCGUAUAUCGACCGGGGUUCAUUACUGGCCACAGCCAGACAGGAGCCUGCAACCAUGAUGAUUUCUUUAGCCGAUUGAUCCAUGCGUGCCAGGAGAUGAAAUGCUACCCACAGCUACCAAACCAGCGAAAAGAAUUCGUUCCAGUCGACUAUGUUAAUUCUGCGAUCCUGCACAUUGCCUCAUCUCGAUCGUCUCUAGGCCAUGCCUACCAUAUCGUUCCCCCCAGCCGGGAGGUCUCCAUCGACAUGGACGAUUCGAUGGAUAUGAUCGGUGAAUGCGGCGGUGAUCAGAUCCGGGGCGUCUCAUACAGCGAAUGGAUUAAGCUGCUGUCAGCUAAUCCUCCUGAGCGUCUGCAGCCACUGGAGCCUAUGCUGGCAGAGAAAGUGCAGGAUGGGUUGACCCGAUGGGAGCUAUACGAGAAUAUGCCCAUCUACGAGACGACCAACACGAUGAACGCACUCGCAGAUUAUCCAGGUGGCCUCAAAUUUCCGGCUCUAGACAAGGAUCUGAUGAAGCGAUAUCUGAACUAUCUCCAAUCGAAGGCGGAAUGA